UUACAUUCUGUCAGCAAAUGCAUAAACAAACCACGUGCCUUUCUUUUAGUCGUUUCAGUCCUCUACCCGCUUAUAUCUCAGCAAGAAGAUUCCAUUAUGGAUCUUUUUACAAUAGAUACCGUUGGAUCCAGUGGAAGUACACAUCAUUCGCCGCAAAAAACACUACUGCCAUCUUACCAACGUGUUUUGAAUUUUUCGAAUGAUUCAUCAGAAAAGAUUGUUCGUCAGGAAUGUGCUCCAAAAAUUCAACCCGAAGAAAGUGACGCCGAUGAUGAUGAUUAUGGAGGGCUUCCACCGCCAAAUCAGGACAUAUUCGAUAUUCUUCAAAACACUGGAACGCACAACGGUACCAAGCGGAAACAUAAAGAUGAAAUUGCUCUCGACUUCAUGGCAGACAGUCGCUUGACGCGCUUUGCUCAGGCUGCAAAAUUAAAGGAACUAGCCAUCACCGAUGUGGACCAGCACAUGAAGACAGCUGUUAUUACACCCGCAACAGAAAAGCAAGAGAACUUGGCUACACUUUCUAUGAGUGAUCGCCGGAUCAAGGAACUGAAUAGGAAAGAGCGAGCCAAAACAAAAGGUGCCAACUGGUUCAAUCUGCCAACCCAAGAAAUGACUGAGGAGGUUAAAAAUCAACUAGAGCUCAUUCGCAUGCGUUCUGUGCUAGAUCCCAAACACUUCUACAAACGAAGCGAGAUGAAAACUUUGCCCAAAUAUUUCCAGAUUGGUAAAGUAAUAGAAUCUCCCUUGGACUAUUACAAUGAGCGUGGGACUAAGAAAAGCAACGCAAAAACACUCGUCGAUGAGCUUCUGGAAGAUGCUAAGUUUCAGAAGUACAACAAGAAAAAGUACGCCGAAGCACUUGAAAAACGCAAAAAGAAGGCCUAUCACAAGGCUGCAAUUAAAAUGAAAAAAUUGAAGAAAAAGAAGAAAUGAUUGUUCGAAAUACCUAAA